UGGCAGUCGCAUGGUGGACAGUCUCGCUUUAAAUUUUGUUUAAAAAAGUUUCUGUCAACCCAACUCCACUCCGUCCCUACAGUCGACGAUGAUGGAAAAGUUUUUAAUUUUUCUUAUAAUUUUUGCACUUGAUUUCCAUGGUGGAAAUUCAGCAUUGCUCAGCGUUAAUGGAAAUGACGAGGUUGAAGAACAAAUGGCAGUGCCAUACUUAUGGCCAAACUUCCCAUUCUUCCCUGGUGUAAACUUCCCACCAAGUAUGCCUGACUGGAUGAUCAGAGAUCGAACCAACAUUCGUCCAGUUUUGCCAACAUUCCCAACAUUACCAGAGCUUCGAUGGCCUCCAAUUCAACUUCCAUGGCCAACACCAGCACCUGAUGAUGAAGACGAUGAAGGUGAUGAUGAUGAAGAGGAUAUUGAGGAGUGCCCAGAAGAUGGUGUUAAGUUGAUUUCUCACCCAGAAGAAUGUGGAAAAUAUAUUUUGUGCAUGGAUGGCGAUGAAAUUACAACCCUUGUUUGUCCAAGUGACAUGCACUUCUCAAGAGAAAUGCGUGUUUGCAUGGAUCCCGAUGAUGCUGAAUGUGAAUAAAGUGUUUGAUUUUGUACGUGUGCAAUGAAUAAAAAAAUUUUAAUGGAUAUUUUUAUAGAAAAGCUUGAUUUAAAUGUGAUUUUAUAGCCUGCAGUGCAAAUCAGUCAUCAAAUGAUAGUCAGUCAAUUUGCCGAAUAAAAAUGUACAUUUUAAAAUUUACAUAAAUCAGUCAGUUGAAUCAUGUUGUGCUUUUUUGUGAAAAAAAAAUUUGAUUGCUCAUUUGAACAUAAUUGCAAUGUUUCAUAGGAAUCGCUGGACAUGAUGUCCAAUUUUUUUUUAAAAAAAAAUUUAAAUUUAAAGAUAUCAUUUUUUGACAGAAUUUUGUCUUUAACAGUUGACAUUGUAAUAUGACCACCCAUUGUCUUUGGAGAUUAUUGUAAUGCUUUUCAGCUUUCAAAAUAGAGCUCGUAGCUACCAAAGGCUGAGUUAAUUAUUAUUUUUUUUUCAUAUUUUUAAAUCCAUUGUAAAUCAGACAAGUGAAUCAAAAAAAAAACGAAUGCAAAAACCAAAAAUUCACAACCAUCCACUUCUCAUAUUUACCUUUGUUCCUUUUUU